AUGAAGCGCCGCAUAAUCGCGAAAACAGCGCCAGAUCCUCUCUCUUCAGCGAAACUUGAGGUUCCAAUUCCGAAUCCAAACAAAUAUAAAAUCAAUGGCAAAGAAAGGUAGAAUGCGACGAGGCGGUGCAGAACAAGAGGCGAUGCGGCAGCAACUCACUGCAUUGUGGCAGCUGACGACAUUUCACCCGCCGAAGAAGCUGGAAACAGAGACGCCCCAGAGCAGAGAAGCACGGCAAUCCGAGGGAAUCCAGCCUCGAGCCUCGCCGAGCGCAACGAGCAAGUAG